GAGGAGUGUAUGUUGACUACAGAGCAUAUGAACAGAGACUGGAGCUGUGGACUCACAGGUCUAUACUGAGACAYUACUGACUACUGGAGUCUAUACUACAGGACUACGGACACACUGCUGAAACUACUGGACUGUUGAUCUGAAACUGAACAGAAUCAUGUACUGCGCUUCCUAUCCUGUCUCUGCCGGGACCACCAGCAAUAACCUGAUGUAUUGCUACGUCAAAUCGGUUUACGAUCAAUCUCCAAGUCACCACGACCUCAACCUUGACUCCUCCUCACACCCCUCCUCCUGUGGCGAACAACAGGGGAUUAACAGUUCACCUGACAUGUGGAACUCCAACGGAAUGAACCAGGCUGGCUAUGGAGGAAUGGGAGGGGCCUCAGCCCACCAAUCAGGAAGCUACAGUAACCUGCAACCAUCACACAAUCACCUGGUCUAUUCUCCCCAUUCAGUCUCACCUGUAGAGGUGAACAGGGGUCUUCCUCCUAUGUCUACCUUCCACCGAAGCAACCCUGCUUCAUCUCACUCCCUGACAGCCAACAGCUCAGAGAACACCACAGGAAACCCCUCUACAGGAUGGUCUCAGACCGGAGCAACCCUGGGGAAAGCACUGGCUUCUGUAUGUACUGGGACUACUUACAAAGCCAACUUCAAAGUAGAGGCUGUCAAUCUGAACAACAACAACCACCACCCUGUGUUGCAGAAUAAACAUGGCCACUCCUUCCCAGCGGGUCUCCCUGCAGGACUAGGUGGCUUGGAACUGAAGUCGGAGGGUCUGGAGAAAGAUGAGCAGUAUGAGCUACAUCACAGCCAUCACAACCAGGGUCACAGCCACAGCCAUCACAGCCAGGGUCACAGCCACAGCCAUCACAGCCAGGGUCACAGCCACAGCUCUGACAGCCACAGCCAGCGCUCCGACGAGGAGAGCGUGUCACACAAGACACAAGGAGACAGCAUGACCAGCAGCAUCCAUGAGGAUGAGGACAACCUGAGUCCGGAGCAAAAGGCUGAGCGGGAACGAGAGCGACGGAUGGCCAAUAACGCCCGCGAGCGCCUUCGUGUCCGUGACAUCAACGAGGCGUUCAAAGAGCUGGGUCACAUGACCCAGCUGCACCUGAAGAGCGAGAAGCCCCAGACCAAGCUGCUGGUUCUUCACCAGGCCGUGGAUGUAAUACUUAGUCUAGAACAACAAGUCAGAGAGCGUAACCUGAACCCUAAGACAGCCUGUCUGAGGAGGAGGGAGCAGGAGAAGAUGUCAGCUGGGUUAACAGAUGCCCAGGGCCUGCAGCAACACCAGGCAUCACUACAUCCUGGACUAGACGCUACCAACCCCAUGGGACAUCAUGUCUAAACAUCUAAAACAGAUGAAGUGUGUAGAAGGAUCAUCUCAAGAUGGUGAAAGACCAUCCAAUGACAUUCAGUGUUAUCUCUGGGACCCAGUAGCGAAGAAACAGAAGGAUUCUCGUGGGGGAGGAGGAGGA